AUGUUCAUUAUGGAUCGUUGGACAUUGAUAACUACUUUAGACUUACCUCGAUACAGCUGUUCUGCCCUAGUUCGCAGGGAUAUGCUUUACGUUCUUGGUGGGCUAACUUCAUUUGAAAACCUGGAACAGCAACGUGAGCGCCUUCGACAACAACAACAACAGCAACAGCAGCAACAUAAUCACCAUCACCACCACCACCUGCCUAUUCAUUAUGACCAUGAUCCCCAAUAUUCAUUUCAGUUCCAGGAUCGAAAUCAUCACCACCGACACAGGAGUCACCGCCAAUGGAUAGAAAAUUAUGCUUCCCCUGCCGAAUUUGAAACAGGGCGUGUCGGCCCACAGUAUCCUGAUACAGUUGAGGCGCGCCAUCACAGGCGGCAUUUAGCUCGAGCCUUACCACCCCCGUCCCGUCCUCGCCGGCAUCAUCAGAUUCAGCCGCUGUCUCAAACUCAAAUACAGUAUCGGCUUUUAGGACUUUCAGUUGCUUUAGACAAUAUGACAACUAACUCAUCUUUUCCUACUGUUGCUCAAUCCGCCGCCACAGUCUCAGUUUCAAACGUUCGAACGCGGCAAGCUCCAGCAGGGCAGUCGAGCGCAGAUCCAACUCGAGUCCGUCGUCGCUGGGCAGAUAGGCAUUCACGCCGACGACGGCAGUGUCGUCGGCACGAUAUACAUCGUCAUCGCCAACAUCAACAGCAUCAAUACUAUCAUCAUAAUCAUAUGCAGCCACACCACUCUCAGGCACUGUCACUUGGUCUUAGCCGAUCUGGCGAACGUGUUCGUGCAGAUACGGGGACUCCCCUUGGUUCAGCUUGUCGUUUGGAUAUCCUUCCGGCCGAAUCACUUUGUCCAAUCUCUCCUUCCAUUCCACCCCCUAUUCAGCUAUCUAAGCAAUUAGGAUUCAAUUGCUCGCUAAUCCAGCCUCGUUCUCAGCACCAUCAUCGAAUCACUCCUCAUACCUCAGUUUCUCCGCCUCCUGCAUUUCUUCCAACUCAUCAAUGCCUUUCUGUCGCUAUGUCCUCACAGUCUGAUAGGCCAGUAAAUUAUAACGCAGAUUCUCUCACUGCUGGACUUGAAAAACCGACUACCGCUAUUCCUAAUGCAAGUGAUAAUGAUGAAGAGGAUUCCAAAAAUCAAGGCGGCCCCAGUCUGGACUCAUCUCGAUCUGUCUCAGCUCUACAUUCCGAUCAACCGUAUCCAGUGAAUUGUGGCCGUAGACUUUCUUUAUCCCCUACUGGAGCGGCAGCAGGCUCAAUGCCUGAGGCCAAUCCUCCCCCUUCUUUUGCCGAUGAAGCCUCCGUCAAUGGAGCAUGCUCUUACAGAAACCUUGGCCUCGCUCUGGAUGCCCAUGCAGAAGUUGACAAUCGAUGA